CCUGGAUGUCGGCCGGCUCCCGCUCCUGAAGCCCGCUGGCCUCGCUGCUUGUUCCCGCCAUCGAGCUCUCUGCUGAGUCCUCCACAAGUUCUCGUCUGAGGUCAUCUGCUGGUCCUCCUCCGGUCCUCAGGGCGAGCAGAGUCCCUUCCUUUUACUUUGACCGCAGCGAUGGGGAACCACGGCUCGAACCUGGACGACAUCCUGGCGGAGGACAUGCACCACUGGUACAACAAGUUCAUGAGAGAGUCUCCGUCGGGCCUCAUCACGCUGUUCGAGCUGAAGGCCAUCCUGGGCCUGAAGGGCAUGACUGAGAACGCCAACAGCUACGUGGACCAGGUCUUCUUAACCUUCGACAUGGACGGGGAUGGGUACAUCGAUUUCGUGGAGUACAUCGCAGCCAUCAGUCUGAUGCUGAAAGGAGAAAUCAACCAGAAACUAAAGUGGUACUUCAAACUGUUCGACCAGGACGGCAACGGAAAGAUCGACAGGGAUGAACUGGAGACCAUCUUCUCGGCCAUCCAGGACAUCACACGGAACAGAGACAUCGACCCCGAGGAGAUCGUCUCGCUCAUAUUUGAGAGGAUUGACGUGAAGGGAGAAGGUGAGUUGACCCUGGAGGAGUUCAUCGAGGGAGCCAAAGACCACGAUGACAUCAUGGACAUGUUGAAGAAAAUGAUGGACCUGACGCCGGUGUUAAUCAUCAUCGUGGAGGGCCGGAGGAGGAAGAAGAAAUCACCUGAAGGCUCGAAAGAGUUUAAAAGUUUAAAACACAAAAACGGACUCAAACAGAAACACUACUUUUAUUAA